AUGCCCGUGUGUUCAUUAUGCAGUGCACAUACAGUCAGUGGACGUUUCUGUUGUGAAUGUGGUACACCUUUUUUCAUUAAAGAGAUACCACAAAUUGCAUUACAAGAUGAGCAGAAACAAAAAGCACAAACACAAGCACAAAUUCCACCGCGAUUUCGAGAAGAAGAAGAUGACAUAAUAUCGUUGGAAGAACAGGAACAGAAAGUUCUUUUGUACCAAUCAGAACAAGGAAUGGUGAAUUAUUUACCACCAGCAAUUCCGGUUAUUUAUGUGGAUGGUAAAGGUCCUGCUACAACAACAGAUAAUAACAAUAAUAAUAGCUAUCGAGAGAUAAAAUCUGGAUUUUUAAAAGGACGAUAUUCAGAUUAUCCAAAUUGUGAUACAUGUGGAUUAGCUUUUGAUCUUACAAAACGUCGACAUCAAUGUCGUACAUGUGGUCGUUAUAUCUGCAGUGAUUGCUCGCCAUUACUGCUUUUGAUUCCAGAAGGAGAUCAAAUUCAAGAUGCGAAGGGUUAUGAUCCAUCUAUUCCACAACGUACAUGUUUACAUUGUGCACCUCAAUUGCGUCCACUGCAGAAUAAUCUAGUGGCACAAUAUGCUAAGGCUAAUGCUGAAACGGCACCACAUGAAGCUAAAUCGAGACUACACGUACCAUUUUCACCUUCAUUGGAAAAAGAGUGCAUGAAUGCAGCAGAUAUUAUAGGUAAUUUCUUUCGAAAUGAUUCUGGGACAUCAGGAGAUCGAGCGAUUCCGAUUGCAAUGCUUGAAAAGGCACACGGUUUGGCCAUUAUGACGAUUGUUAAGGCUGGGUUUCUGCUAGUUGGCAAGGUUGGCACAGGCAUUGUAUUGUCACGGUUGUCGGAUGGAUCGUGGUCUGCACCUUCAGCUAUUGGCACGAUAGGACUUGGUGGCGGUUUCCAGAUUGGUGGAGAGAUUGUAGAAGUCAUGAUCAUUUUAGGCUCUCCUGCAGCCGUUGAGGUAUUUUAUUCACCGCAGGUGAACUUAGGCGCAGGCCUGGACAUUGCUGUCGGCCCGUAUGGACGAUCGGCUGCUGCUGCCGCCGCGAUCAGCAGCUCGGGGCUCAAUAGCAACUACAGCUACUCGAUUAGUAAGGGUUUAUACGCUGGAAUUUCACUCCAAGGCUCGGUGAUUGCAGCGCGCAAUGACCUGAACCGCAAGUUCUACGGACAGGAUCUGGAACCAAGUGCGCUGCUGAGCGGGGCAGUUGGUCAGCCUGCGGCUGCAAGGCCGCUGUAUGAGGCACUGAAUAGCGCCACGCACGGCAUUCAGGAGCAUAAAGAUAUCCUUGCUGAGAGAUCUCGUAUGAUGGGGACGUGUCGUGCUUGUAGUUGUCAGGUCUUCAUGGCUCACCCUCAUCAGGUUUGGAACAAGAAGUGCAAGACGUGCAGUCAUAUUCAUUAG